AUGAGACCUCUGACCGAAGAAGAAACGAAAACCGUGUUCGAGAAGCUCGCCAACUACGUUGGACGAAACAUCUCGCACUUCAUCAAUAACGAAGACCCUCACGUGUUCCGGCUCCAGAAGGACCGAGUCUACUACGUUGAGGAGAAGAUUGCCAAGUAUGCCACCUGUGUGUCUCGAGCCCAGCUCUUCUCCGUUGGCACCUGUCUCGGCAAGUUCACCAAGACCGGCAAGUUCCGACUUCAUAUCACCGCUCUUCCUCUCCUCGCUGCACAUGCUCGACACAAGAUCUGGAUCAAGCCUAACGGAGAGAUGCCCUUCCUCUAUGGUAACCACGUUCUCAAGGCCCACAUCGGUAAGAUGAGCGACGACAUUCCCGAGCAUGCCGGAGUCAUUGUCUACUCCAUGAGCGAUUCUCCUCUGGGCUUUGGCGUCAGUGCAAAGUCUUCUCUGGAGGUCCGACGUCUGGACCCCACUGGUAUGGUUGCUUUCCGACAGGGAGAUGUCGGCGAGUACCUGCGAGAGGAGGACACUCUUUUCGCCUAA